AAACAAAGAUUGCUGAUAACAAUGGAAGCCGCUGAGAUUAAGUCAGAGCUGAAGGAGGAAGGCACAGAUGAAACCAACCCAACAGCCCAGGAUGGAGAUCCUUUAUCCAACCCCAUCUCGGAGGAGACUUCCCCCACAAAGCUUUACGACAUCCAAAGAAUCCGGCAGUUUGGGGAAGUUCCAUUUCUGAUAAAGCGCAUGGAACCACAGGACUCUAUUGUAAACUACUCUGCAGCUGUGGGAAUUCUAGAAGAACUAUUAGAGUUUAUACGGCGACAACAUAUCCCACAAGGAGCGGGAAUCGCUCUGCGCAUCACUCAGCACACAAAAGCCUCCUGCCUGUUGAUUCUAGCAGUACUCAAUCACAAGUGCCAUUUUUUUGCGACGGACAAGAUGUUACUCUCCCAGGCACUUCAUGCCCAGAUGUGCGCCGCCGGCGUGGAUUACCUUCUAGUAAGCGAACACCUUGGCGUCGGAGCUUUGUUCUUUGAGCGUUUGGAUAGCAUGCUGGUUUUUGGGGAGGAGUGUAAGCUUUUUAGAAUAAAACACGGUUCCAAUGAUCCACCCGUCCAAGCAAAGAAGCCGCUACCCCCUAAUAUGUGCUAUACCAUCACCACCACAGGAACAACUGGAAGCCCUAAGCUCGUCCAUGUGCCUUAUGAAUGCAUUGCGCCCAAUAUACUGUCACUUAGCCAGAAGCUAAACGUCUCUAUGGCGGAUAUCAUUUAUCUGGGCACUCCGUGCACCUUUGAUCCUUUUGUAGUUGAACUCUUUCUGGCUUUGCAAAACGGAUCCGCCGUGCUUAUUAGCCAUCAGUCGAUGAAGGAGUCUCCCAGCCGUGUGCUGAAUGCGCUGUUUCCCAGUAACUUGGCCAAAGCGGGAAUUACCAUUCUGCAGAUGACUCCUUCGCUUUUUAGACAGUUUGGUGCUACUGCAAUAAGAGAACGAAUAUUAAACAGCUCCAGUUCAUUGAGAGUUCUACUUCUUGGCGGCGAAGUGUUUCCCUCCAAUGCGGAGCUGGUUUCUUGGAUGGACCCUCGCGUUUUACUUCAUAAGCACAUUUGCAAUAUCUAUGGCAUAACGGAGAUAUCCUGCUGGGCCCUUCUUCACAUUGUUCAAUCGCUGCAAACCCAAAUGCCCCUGGGUACACCUAUCGACGAGGAGACGGUUCUGCGAAUUCAAUGCGAAAGUGAUGGGGAUCUGGAAUAUGGAGAGCUCUUUCUCGGGAGUGCCACGCGGCGCUGUUAUAUUCCAGAGAUCGAUGACAAAUCGGACGAAUUGGAAGACGGUGCCAGUGUUUGCUUCCGAGCUACUGGAGACAUGGUUCAUCGACUCAAAAACGGGACAAUAUGCUAUGGAGAGCGGGCCAAUGAUGUGGUAAAACGAGCUGGCAAUCGCAUCAGCCUAGGCCUAAUUACCCGCAAAGUGGAGAAAUGUUUACCCAACGGCGAGCUAGCUACUUGCCUAUGGUUGGGGGAUCUGCAAAAACUGAUCUGCUGCAUUCGCAGUCUGGAGCCAAAAACAAAAGUUCAACAGCGGGCCCAGACAUUCGAUAUCCUGUCGAAGCUAUCUAACGCCGAGCAACCGGAUAGGUUUGUUUAUCUGCAACAUUUACCUUGUAAUGUGCACGGUAAACUGGACAAGGAACUACUUCUUAAAGAAUGCAUUCCCUUGGCGCAACCAGCGCAAGAAAUAUUGAAGAGCUUCCUGCUAGAUAGAUUGGAAUGUAUGGAUGUGGACGAAGAGAAGGCUGCAGUAAAGCGUCAGCGAUUGGAGGACUGUGCGCCUUGCGGUUAUGACUUGAGUUUUCGUCAAGCUGGUGGGACUUCUUUCCAUGCCAUCACAAUAUGCCGGGAGAUCGGUCUGCAAAUGUGCAUCGAUGAUGAGCAGCGUCACUUGUUUGAAAUGCUGUUGGAUGAAAACAUUCCUUUGCGUACUGUUCUGCGCUUUCUGGAUACGGCCAAGUUGGUUGCCAACAAUACCAAACUAAAGCCUGUGGAACAGCAGUCUAAUAAGGUAACCACUUGUGCCAGUUCUUGUGGGCUGGUCAUUAAACGCAUCGAACAGCCGGUCCUCAAUGUUCAGCUGCACUGGAAGGUGAAUUUCGACAAGUGCGUAGACUCCCCAGUUACCCAGUAUGAAGGACGUUACAUAUGCGUGGGCGCUCAUUCCAAAAUCCUACGUGUCCUAGAUCCUCAGACUGGAACCGAACACAGCAGUGUAAAGUUACCCGAUCGUAUUGAGUGUAAGACGACUUUUCUGAGUGAACAACUGGCAAUGGUCGGAUGCUACGAUGGCAGUCUCUACGGCUUUAAUCCCCUAACUGGUGACAUUCUUUGGAAUGUGGAAAUCGGUGGCAUGAUCAAGUCGCAACCGCUUCUCUCGGCCGAUGGGAGCAGAAUUGUGGUCUGUAGCUAUGCAGAUGAUUAUAAUGUGUACUGUUUAUCCGCGGAGCAUCAAGAAGUGCUGUGGUGCCUCAAAAUAGGAGAGAAACCCAUCUUCGCCACACCAAUAGAGUUGCCCAGGGAACAAUCCCUGAUCAUUUGUACACUGGACGGUAGCUAUGCAAGGGUUACCCUUACCGAGGGGUCCGUGGAGUGGACUCAAAAACUUCGAGAACCAAUCUUUGCAACGCCUGUUCUGUUAGAUUCCAAGGCCAGUAUCUUUCUCAGUGCCGAGGUCGCUGGACGCGUGCAUGCUUGCCAUGUGGGAAAUGGAAAAAUACUGGCUACCUUUAGUACAGAGGGAAACAUCUUUUCCUCCCUUGUAGUGAAGACCCCACCAACGUUUAUGGGACAUUCUUUUGUGGUUUUCGGCUGCAUUGACCAACAUGUUUACUGCCUGCGUUGCACUACAGGAUCGGGCAGGGUAUCAGUGGAAUUUCAGCUUCACUGGAAAGUCAAUGUCGGUGCACCAAUUUAUGCAACUCCCACGCUGUUGACUGUCCAGCCCAAUGGCCUGUUUGUAUGGUGCAGUGCCACCAACGGAACACUACGUUUGAUGAAUUUCAGAAAUGGGGAAACCCAGUGGCAGGGUAAGCUUCCCGGAGAAGUUUUCUCUAGCGCGUGCUUUAUUGAGAACCUCCGGAAAAUUUACGUGGGCUGCCGAGAUAACUACUUGUAUUGUCUGGGUAUCUGAAGCCUUAAAUGUCAUCAGAGUCUAGUAAUGUACGGCUAUGAAGGAAUUUAUAAGAAUUUAAUAUAAAAUGAUGUAUACAAUACUAAUUUGUUAAGUUUUUCUUUAUACAAUGGCAAUAAAUAAAUUUU